AUGUGUGAAACCCCUCUGCGUCUCCACGAAGACAAACGCUUGGUUUGGCACGACGCAGCCUGCCCGAACAAGCCGCUGACAGGAUGGACGCACGCGUGUGUCCUGGUGCUCCUGGCGUGCGACUUUCUGGAGUUUUCUUUGUGCGCGAGUGUGGCAGGAUCCAGAGUGGAACACGAAGGGUUCUGCCCCAACAUGCUGAACUCGAACCUUUGGGUCGAUGCGCAGAGCACCUGCGAGAGGGACUGCAACGUGGAUGAGGACUGUGCUGAUUUUGAGAAAUGCUGCACUAAUGUGUGUGGCCUCAACAGCUGCGUCGCUGCUCGUUUUUCUGAUGGUACCCCUGCUCAGCCGGAUGGAACCAGUGGCGGGAAUGGAGAUACAUCCCCUGCCUCUACGGCGACCUGUGAGGGCUUCAUCUGCAGCCAGCAAGGAGCGACCUGUGACAUCUGGGAUGGACAACCUGUGUGCAAGUGCCAGGACCGAUGUGAGAAAGAGCCCAACUUCACCUGCGCGUCAGAUGGCCUCACCUACUUCAACCGGUGCUACAUGGAUGCAGAAGCCUGCAUCCGUGGGGUGAUUUUAACUGUGACUCCAUGUCGCUUCUACCUCGCCGGUCCCCAUACAAGUCCAAUCCCUCAGGACACAACUGUUAAUCCCACCCCAACAAUCUCUAAGGAGGAUCCCAUGCCCCCUACGCUGUAUUCCAACCCCCACCACCAAUCCAUCUAUGUUGGAGGCACAGUCAACUUCCACUGUGACGUCAUUGGAGUCCCCAGACCUGAUGUCACAUGGGAGAAACAAAGUGAUCGGCGUGAACGGCUAGUUAUGAAGCCCGACCAGAUGUAUGGCAACGUGGUUAUAACAAACAUUGGACAACUCGUCGUUUAUAAUGCCCAGGUGUGGGACACGGGCAUAUACACAUGCAUCGCAAGGAAUUCUGUCGGAGUGCUUCGUGCGGACUAUCCUUUGUCUGUUAUUCGCCGAGCAGACGAUGACUUCUCUGAAGAUCCUGAGAUGCCAAUGGGGCGUCCAUUUUCCCCCGCAGACUGCCUGACUGAAGUCGACCUGAGAGUCUGCAGCGGAGAACGACACGUCGACUGGUUUUAUGAUGGCAAGCUGGGCUCCUGCAUGACCUUCAACAAUGGUGGCUGUGAUGACAGUCGCAACCGUUUUGAGACGUAUGAAGAGUGCAAAGCAUCCUGCCAGAGAGAGGGGAUGGGGAUCUGCUCCCUGCCAGCGGUUCAGGGUCCCUGCAAAAACUGGGAGGCACGUUGGGCCUGGAAUUCGUUAAUGAAGCAGUGCCAGGCCUUUGCUUUUGGUGGAUGCCACGGGAACGACAACAACUUCCACACCAAGAAGGAGUGCGAAGCAAACUGUCCACAACCUAAACGGAGGCCAUGCAGGACUUGUCGGAUGAGGGGGAAAAUGAUGCCCAGCUUGUGCCGCAGCGACUUUGCCAUCGUCGGGCGGCUGAUGGAGCUUGUUGAGGAUCUGGACUCUGGCUUAGCUCGCUUUAGCUUGGAAGAAGUCCUGAGGGAUGAAAAGAUGGGCCUGACUUUCUUCAGUACCAAACACCUGGAGGUGACCAUCACCAAGAUUGACUGGAGCUGUCCCUGCCCCAACAUCACCAUUGAGGAAAACCCUCUGUUGGUGAUGGGAACGGUGCAGGACGGCAUGGCCAUCAUCCAGUCAGACAGCUACGUCAAAGCCAUAACUGAACGCAGACUCAAAAAGCUGCGGGAUGCUAUAAAUAAAAAGUCGUGUGAGACGAUGUAA